AUGCAUGAAAGUGAUUGGACUAAUGAUGUGAAAUCUACUAUCGAAGAAUUUGUUAGUACAGAUCGCAAAAUGCUGUUUUUAUUUUAUGAAAAUAAUAUUCUCAAAGCUACUUUUUGUAUACCUGAUACUCAAACGGAUACUAUUAUGUGGUUUCUGAAGACCUUUGAUAAAGAAGCUCUACGUUUAGACAACUUGAAUUUCUUGAAAUAUGUUUCGUUUGGAAAAAUUGAUACACAUUUGGAGAAAACUAUGUUUCUGUUAUUGGACUCUUUAUAUUCUCCCUUUAUUUUUACUUGGUUGGCUAGUAUCCUUUUUGAAUACACAAAUUUAAUUUUCAAAAAUAAAGUGUUAUAUUAUUCCAGGUGACGAUGAACAACAAAAUAUUUUACUUAUAUUGUACAGAGAAUUUAAAUAUUCUCCUUAACUUGAAUUUUAACAGGUGAAAAGGAUCAAUUUUUUGAACAAUAUAGGGCAGUUAUACAAGAAUUAUGUUCAUUAAGGUACAAGUUUUUAGGAAUGCCCAGUAUUUAUAUUCCAACAAUAGUUUGGAAAUUUGAUGAAAAUUUGAAAAAUGUUAGUGAAGAAACCCUUAGAGUACUUGAAAGUGAGUUUUAAUUAUGCUUAAACAUUAUACAAACAAAAAACUAAAUAAGUCAGUACCUAUAUUAAUUAAUCUUAGUUUAAUUUUAAUUUUAAUUUUUUUAUGUAUAUAAUAAUUUACAAUGUAAAUAUUAUACUAUUGUUAAUUAGUCAUUAUCUAUACAAUUAUUUUAAAUAAAAUAUUUAUAGUUGAUUAAUAAUUUAUUUGUAUUAAACAAAUAUAUUUUACUUAAUAUAGCUGUUACUUAUAGCUAUAUACUUAGCUGUUGUUUAAUAAUAAACGCAUGAAAAUAGGUACCUAAAUGAAACAAAUUAUUUAUUUUUUUUUAUAAUUUCAUUAUGAUAUUUUAUUUUAUGAUUUUUUUUAUUUACUAUCAAUAAUAUUGCUAAUAAUUCUAAUGUAUAAGGUGUAAACUUACAUUUAAUAUCUGAUUAAAAUCACUAAAUUAUUUUUACUAAUUGAUAACUAAUAAUAAAGAAUUAAUUUUAAAUACCUAGGUAUAUAUUAUCUGCUAAAUAUAAUUAACAAGUAUUAUAAUUAUUAGCAUAAUACUAUUUAUUAAAAAUUGUGUUGUUUAUCUAUAUAAUUGUAUGUGUGUGUUUCAGAUAUUCUAAAUGUUUACACUUUAGAAAUUCAAAAGUGUUUAAUGGACACCGAAAGAAUACCAACUCAAUGUGAAUAUAUGAUGGAACACAUUGUUGAUGAAAUAAGAUACUGGAAAAAUAGGUGUAAGUUUUAAAAAGUAUAUAUAAAAUUGCACUAAAUUAACUUUUAUAUUAAUACAAUCCUUGGUGGAUUUUCAUUUAAGUUACAAAUUUGCGGUUUAUAACUACAUUAUUAAAUUAUAAGAGUGUUGAUGAAAUUCUUUCAAUAUUGAAACAACAUCAAUCAAUCCUUGUCCGUUCAUUCAAUAAUAUUUUGGAUGAAAUUGAGGUUGGUAGUUAUUUUAAUUGAUUAUUAUUUUUCAAUUGUAUUAUUACUAUAAUUUAAUAAAAAAUCAUGAACACAAUAAUUAAAAAUAUUAAUUAAUAUUUAUUAAUUGAUUAAACUCAUUAAUAAAUCAAUUCAAAUUUAUCUAUAAACUAUACAUAUCUAUAUAAUUAUACAUUUAAUAUUUGGGAUAUUUUUGAUUACUUGGAAUAUGAUUGCAUAUUUUUUUUACUAUUGAGAAUAAGUUAAAUCCCAAAGAUAAACAAAAAAAUAAAACUUGUAGUAGGUACAUGUUUUGAAUACUACUAGUACUAAUAUCCCGUAAAUUUAAGUAUAAACAUUGUAUGAUAAAUAAUUUGUACUGUUUAUUUCCUAAAUGAUUAAAUAACAUUAAAAUGUUUAUAAAUAUUGUAUAUAAAUGUAUAAUUUUUAUUGAACUUUAUAUUCUCAAUUUUAUUGUUUACACAGACAGCCAAAAUAGAGUCUAAAUCUAAUAUCAAUUACUUAAAUAUUUUAUGGGAACCAGUUAUGAAUUUAUAUGAUGUAAAAUCACCGAAAGACAUAUUAAUAAGAUUACCUGAUAUAUUUAUGAGGUUUAUUUUUAUUCUUGAAGAAUCGCCUUACUAUAAUAAAUGGUAUAAUAUUAUAGAAAUUAAAUUUAAUAAUUUAAAUAAUAUAAUUAAUAAUAAUUAAUAUUAGGUCUGAUAUAAAUCGUUUAUAUGAAUAUCUUGGAAAUCAAAUAGUAUUCAUAUGUCGAAAAACCAUUAAAUUGUCUGAACUGUUCUCUGGUAAUACACAAAAUGUUUUAAACCAAAUCCACAUUUCAAUUAACUGCUGUCAAAAUUUUAUUUCAGUGUAUAGUAAAGUAAGAAUAAUUAAUUUGCUACAUGUUCUAUUUGGUUUUAUAAUAAUAAUAUAUAUAUUUGGCAGGUAAUUCAGAUUUAUAAUUCUAAGAAUGAUGGGCAUUGGUUAAUAGAAACUAAAGACGUGCAUAUGUUUUUGGAUCGUUGCAAAGAUAUACAUUUUAUAUGUAAAUCAAUGAUUUUAUUCAAAAGGUACAUUAAUAUUAAGAAAAGUUAUUUAUAUUAAUAAAUUAUGAAAUACCUAUUUAAACUGGUGAUUUUUUGAAAAUGUUAUUAAGACUAAAUGGGAAUAAUACAAUACCAAAACCAAAAUUUUCAUUUACCAAAGGUUUGGAGUUUGAAAAAGUCAUAGAAUCUAUAGAGGUACGAUUUAAUAAAUUAAUCAACAAUUUGGAAAACGUUCAAAAUAUAAUAUUCAAUGUAAAUACCACUGAUUGGUAUCAACAUGAACUCGAGUAAGAUUUUUAAACUUAAACCACAUUUCUAUUUCGUAGACAAUAUUCACUGAUUAAAAAUUAAUUUUAAAAUAUUUUAUUUCAAUUAUAGAUUCAAGGGUGAAGUAAAAGAGUUAUGUACUAUUAUAGAGCAAUUGUUAAAUGAUGCAUUGAAUGUUACAUGUAAUAUAGAAGAUGCUCUAAAUAUUUUACAAAGCUUGCAUUAUUUCUCUAAUUGGCCGCAACUGAAUCCUCAUUUUCAAAAAAAAACCAAUGAAGUGUACAAUAUGCUCAUCAAUGAUAUUUCAUUGGCUAUGCAAUUUUAUACAGACAAAAAUAAUUAUCAAAUACCAUCUUUCAUGGUCCAAUAUUCAGGUGUUUGUAUCACAGCCAUGACUGAAUACAAACGAAUUACAACACUUAGAAAUGUAAAAACCAAUAAGUAUUAAUUAUUAAUAUUAUAUAUAAGAGUUCUAUAAAUUUCAUUAUACCUAUUAAUUUUAUUUGUAUAUUAUAGAUGAUAUCUGAACGCCCUUGGUUACAACUGUGUACAAAUAUAAAAAAACUCAACAAAAUGUACUUAAAUUAUACCGUUGCCUAUCAAGAAUUAAUAAAUAAUACUUUUGAGUUGUGGAAUUAUCAAUUAAAUACAAAUUACGAGGAAUUAUUGGAGAAAAAUAUUUUAGUUGGGAAUCAUAAUGAUCAAUUCUGGCAUUUGACAAAUAAUUUAGACAGGUGCAUAUUCCAAAAUAUGUUUAUAAAGUUCUCUGUAUUCCUUUUCAGCUAUACCUCAGUUCCUAAUUAUUUAUUUUUAGUGAUACAUUUGAUCUAGUAACAGAAAUUGAGUAUUGGUCACUAAUUGAAUUUAAAAAUAUAUUUAUGUCGAAUAUCCUUGUUACAAAUGCAACAAAAAUAAAACGAUUGCACCGAAAUGCAUCAAAAAUAGUUAAUGAUUAUAAUACUCUUAUAGCUGGUAACUAUUUAAAUUUUAAAAAUAAACAAAUUAUGAUAAUUUAAUGCAUAUUAAUAUAUAAUUAAUAUAUAAUAUAAUAAUUAUAUACAAAAAUUAUUAUUAACUUUAAAAUGGUUAAUAUAAUUGUUUGAUGUAUACUAAUAUGAUUAUAUUUAUAUUAAUUUGUAUGUGUACAAAACUGACUAUAAAGCAUUCUAAUUAAAUAUGUUUAUUCCUAUAAAAAUUAAUUCAUUAUAUAUUUAUGUGUCACACAGGUUUAUCUGAACAAGAGAUGUUAUUAUUUAGUGAAUCAAUAGAAUUAUGUAAUAAAAUAACAGCACCAAUGAUUCAAUGUUAUACUUGGAAACAACUAGACAUUGACAAUUAUUUACUUGAUUGUAUUGAUGAAUUAGAAUUGGUUAAUUAAAUUAAAAAUGAAAUAAAUUAAUACAUUUUAUUAUCAACAUUAUAUCUAUAUGUAUAUUUAAAUAUUUUAGGUUCAAAAUAGUGUCGAUGAUUAUAAAUAUUGUAAUAUAGAAAUAGUUAAUAUUUGUGAAAUAAUAGCAAAUUCAACCCUUUUUAAAAUAAACUUGAUACAAAUUUUGAAGUUAAAAGAUCUUCGAACACAAAUUGAUCAAAUCAAGUAUGAGUGUAUUUUUACAUAUGUAUAUUGUGUAUAUAAAUCAUAAAAUAAUUUUUUUUUUCACAACUGAUGCAAAUUAGAUUAAACUAAUCCUGUUAAAUCAACAACUAUAUAAUCUAAAUUAAUAUAAUUUUUAAUCAUCUUUAUUGAUUAACUUUUAGAUUUGGAGCGUAGCGAGAGAUAUAUUGGUUUUACUGUAAUUUGUUUUUUUUUCUGUCUGUAAAAAAACUUUCUGAAAAGAAAUCUUGCAUCAAUAUAUCAAGUGUAACACCUUUUUUGUAAUAAAAUUUUAUCUAGAUAAUGCAUUAAAGAGGCAAUUUUUUUUGAUUUUCAAAAUAAUUGAGAAAAAUUGGAAACAAAAUUAUAGGUAAAACUGUAAAUAUGUACGGCGCAACGCGUGGAAUUCUGAUUUUAUAGCUUUAAUUUUUAUAAAUUAUUGUUUUAAUCAAAAACUGAUUAUAGAUCUUUUUUGUUACAUUUUGGAUUUAGUUGUUCCCUAAGUAAGUCAUUUUUUUAAUUUUUCAAGUAAUUUUCAGAAUAAUUCAGAAAACUAUAAAUUUAAUUAACAAAUUUAUGACUUUGGAAUUCCUUUAUUUUAAAUUUUACGGCUUAAGUUUUCCGCCAAAUAUUGAUCCAAUAGAAAAAUAAGAGACCUUUUUUUGUUAAAUUUUUAAUCUAGUUGGUGAUUAUGAAAGUAAUUUUUUGAUUUUCCUAGUAUUUUUUUUAAAAAUAUUUGAGCAUACCAAAAAUAAAUGGAAAAUUUAGUAAAAAAUGCUUUUAUUAUUUUUAAUUUUAUUUUAUUAAAAAUAUUCGUAGAAACUUGAAAUUUUGACAGCUGACUUAUAUUUGUCUUUUCUAGACAUGGUUAAAUUUUCAAAAUAUUUGAGCUAGUUUUAGGCAUUUUAAUUUUUCGAUUAUUUUACAUAAUUUUUAUUUGGUAGGUACCUACUCUACAAUGGAUUUAAGUGGAUGAAGUGGUUAGACUAAAUAGAAAUUAUUGACAAUUUAAUUGUAGGUUCAUUAUAAGUCAUACUUAAGGGUUAAAAAAAAAAAUAAAGUAUAAUAUUUUUUUUUUAUGUUUUUAUAUCAAAGUACGGCGAAAAUUGUAAAUAUUGUGGCCUUUCAAAAUAUAUACAACUGAACUUUGCUCUGAAUCAUUUUUCGUUAGCAAUGGUUUACAGGUGUUGUCUCCAGGGAGGGGGCUAUGGGCUCUGUAGACACAUAUAAGUGUUUAUAAUAAGAGGUAGGUGUAUACAUUUCUACAUUCUACAUUAUGAAGUAUAUAUAAACUAUAAAAUAUGUAUUUUGUUGUACAAUUUUCUGAAUAUUAUGAUUCAACCCCCUUUCCCAACUUAGUCUCUGGAGUCGAUGAUGGUUUACCAUUGCUUAUAGAUAUAAAUUAAAUAUUUUUAUGUAUCUUACUUUAUUAACUUUCACAUACUACAGCGAUACACCAGUCCCCAGUAUUAGCUCUUUUCUGUUUUUAUCUAUCUAUUAUUAUACUAACAAUAUAAUCAUGUUUGUAUUUUAGAAGCAAAACGAUUAUGAACAUUUUAAAAAAUUACAAUUUAAUUAUAAAAUACAUAAUGGUCAUCUAUGAAGGAUUUGAAGAAAAUAUUGAUAAUGUAUAGUAGACAUUGUAUAUAAUAACAAACAUCAUAAUUUUUAAAUAAAAUUAAUUUUUGAUAUUUUUAGAUCAUGGUUUAUUGGACACGGUAUAUAGAGAAAAUAGAUAGUUUAAUAUGCAAAUCAUUAAUUCUUAAUUGUCAAUGUGCAUUAGAGAAUAUUUUAGAAUUAAGUGUUGGUGAUGGAUCUGGUCCAGUACCAGCAAUAUUAGUUGACGUAAGCCUAAAAAACAAUAAAGUAAGUAACCUAAAUAAAAAUAAAAAUUAAGGAAUGAUUCUAAAAUAUUAUGAAUUUGUAUAAAUAGAUAAUAUAUUCAUCGAGUUUAUCAGAAAUUUUGGCUUUUUCUGCAAACUUUUUAUCAGAUAUAUUAAUGACUAUAAAAGUAAUACCCAGAUUAAGUUAUUCAUUGAAAUUAUCAAAAAAUAAUUUAAUUCCAUAUGAAAAUGAAAUUUCCAAAAAUUGGAUUUGUAUUAAACUACAGGAAAAAAAUAAUAUAGGUAAAAAUAUUAUUUUAUAAAAAAAAAACUUUCUUUGUAUUUAUUUUAGAUUCCGAGUGAAGCAAAGAAACUUAUGGUUUUACAAAGAAGUUUUUUUUUUAUCUGUUGGCAAUUUUUCACCUGGAAGACUUGCUCAGAUUUCUAAAUGUAGCACCUUUUCUGUGAGGAAGACAUUUUUCGAGUUUUCUCAUCAAAUUAAAAAACUGAAAAAUUUACGAAAUAUUUUACUAUAAUAUUUAGAUUUUUUUCCCGUACUCAACUUUUCAACCAAUAAUUUUGCUCCUGCUUAUAAUGAUAGCAAUGUUUCUAAAAGGAAAUUACAUUAGGGAGGUACUUUAGAGAGGUCAUUUUUCUAUUUUCUCAGACGUAUUCUCAGAAAAUGUGAAAAAUCGGAAUAAAACAUGGGAAAAAUGUAGACAAGCUAGGAAAAUCGGUACAACAUUAAACAAAUAUUAUUAAAAAAAAUAUAUAAAGCUUAUUUAAUUAUUUUACUGUAAAAUGACAUAUAUAUUAUUGACAAAGCAUCACUAUCAAAAAAAAACUCCCCUCAGUAUCUUUUUUCUGUAAGCAGUGGUUUACCAAUGCUUACAGAUAUACAUUAAAUUAUCUACAACAGUGGCUGUAAACGUACUCAUUAUCUUAGGAAGUCUUUUUAAUAUAUAUUAUUUGUAUUAUAUUAUUUUUAGCAACUAUAAAUGCCUUAAGACAGUUAAGGUGUUAUAUGCACAAGUUCUUAAUAUUGAAAAACAUAUGGUCCACGAAUAAGACAUUAUUUUUUGAAAAAUAUAAAACUUUUACUUCUUCUGCUAUGAACUUUAACCAAGAUAUGGCUAAGUAAUAAACAUAAUUUUAAUUUUUUUUAAUUUGGUACAUUAAAAUAUUAUCAUAAUACAAAUAUGGUUUAAUUUCAUAGAUAUUCAAUUUAUAAACAUCAAAUAUCUAAUAUCAAACCAGUGACCCAAGUUGCUCAUUUCUUAGUGCAAACAAAUAUAUUAAAAGAUGAAAUUAUUGUACACUGUGAUGAGUGGCAAGGACAAUUUUCAGAUCUUCUUAUUGAGAUGACGACAAAUCUUAUUGAAGGAUUUUAUCAAUAUGCACAUAUCAAUAGCCUUCAGUAUAUUAAAGUUAAAUUUAUAGUCUAUGCAAAUUAAAUCUUAAAUAUUUUUACAUUUUGUUUUAGAGUAAUGACACCACCUAAAAAUUUAGUUGAAAUGACUUCAUUUAUUGAGCUACGAACAAAAAUAUAUUCGGAAUACAAUAGUAAAGCUAAAGAAUUUACACUAAUUUCUGAUAAUAUUAAAGUGUUAGGUACUUACUUAAAUUAAUUAAAUAAUUCAAUUAAUGAAUAUAAUGGUUUAUAUUCAGAAAAGUGGUUUUAAUUAUCUUUUUAGAAAUGAAUAAUAUUCAAAUACCAGAAGUUAUGAAAAUUAAAUAUGAAAAAUUAUUUAAAGUUUGGAGUGUAUAUAAGAAUACUCUUGAAGAUGCUGAAAUAAUGUUAAAAACAAAACAAAAUGAAUUUUUCUACGCUUUAUUGGAAAAACAAAUUGAUAUAAAGUUAAAAGCUAGAGAUCAAUUGCAAAUAUUUCUUGAAACUGCUCCAAUUUCUACAGAAUGGAACUCGAAUGGUAAAUAUAAUUUACCUAUUAUACCUUACUAAAAAUAACUUCACAACAAACAAUAAAAACCUCUUUAUUUUUACUUUAUUAUUUUAUGAAAUUAUAUUUGUAUACCAGUUUUAUUUAAUAAAUGAUUAACAAAGUUAAUAAAUGUAUUUGUUAAAUCCUCUAAGUAAAUAAAGUACACAAUUAAAAACAUAUAUAUACUUUUUAAUACUUGAGAUUCUAAGUUGAGUAAAAUAUUACGGGCUUUUUUUUUCUUGCGGACAACUUUUGAACUAGCAAUUUUGCUUCGAUUUACAACUAUAACACUUUCUGAAAGGAAAUCUGACUGGGGAAGUACUUUGAAAAUACAAUUUUUUGAUUUUUCCAUGAGUUUUUCCAAUAAAUAAGAAAAACAUGAGAAAACUAGUAGAAACUUAGAAAAAACGGAAAAAUAAAUACUAUUUAAAAAAAAAAAUAGCAUGCAUAGGUAUUUAAUUAUUUCACCAUAACAUGACAUAUAUAUUGUUUAUAUAGCAACACUUUCAACUGAACUUUGAAUCAUAAUUGUUGAACUCAAAAUCGUUUUUCAUUAGCAAUGGUUUAUUGCUUACAUAUAUACAUUCAAUUUCCCCACUACUACCCUCCCAAUUUCACACCUAUAACAGUCGCUACACCCAUCUCCAUUAAUCCAGGACAACUUUUUAAGAAGUAUCUUUAUAAAUAUUUUAAAUUUAGUUUUUUUUUUAAGAUGCUUUGAAUUAUAUUGAGCAAAUAGAAAAUAAAUUAGAAGUUUUAAAAGCCGAAGAAAAACAAUUAAACAAUGACCUUACUGUAUUUGAAGUUAAAUAUAUUUAUUCAGUUGAAAUUGAAGAACUUCAAAAAGUAAGAAAUAAUUUAAAAUAUGAAUAUAUUUAAAAUUAGCUGUGUAUCAUUUAUUUUAUUGUUUCAAUUUAUUAUUAUUUACUAAGUUCUCAAUUAUGUGCCUUUUGUUUAUGGUAAUUUUUUAAAUUGUAUGUUUACUUAUUUAUUGGUAACAAUGAUGAACUUAAAAAUACACAAUAUUAUUUAUAGGAAGUCUUAGUUUUAUACUCUGUCUGGAAACUAGUAAACACGUGGGAUUGUAUGUGGGAAGACUAUAAAACAAUACAAUUUUGGGAUAUACACGUUUCUGAAAUUAUGAUUACUGUGGAUACAUUUUUAAAUAAAUUUAAUAUUUUGGUCGAUGGUUUAACAAACAAAAAAUGGGAAAUAAUAGAAUCAACUUUAAAUAGCAUAAACACAUUUUCUAAUUUACUACCUGUAAUUGAAAAUUUAAAAAAUUCAGCUAUGAAAGUUAGACAUUGGGACGAAAUAAGACAUAUAAUAAAUAAGUAAGUAAUGAUUUUACAAUAUUUUAAAUCGUAUACUAUAAAUUAAUCAAUCAACUAAUUUUUUUUAAAAAAAAUCAUAUAUUUACAUAGAAAAUUUAAUGAAACAAGUUCUGAUUUUACAAUAGAAAAAUUAAUGGAAAUUAAAAUCCAGAACUUUAGUAAACAAAUUAUUGAUGUUUCAAAAAAAUCAACCAUGGAACUCAGUUUAGAAAAGGUAAAAUAUUUCUGUAAAUUAAAUUAUACAUUUUAAAUGCAUGCUUUGCUAUUUCAUUUUAAGUCAAUAAUAAAUAUAAAAGAAAUAUGGGCCAGUACAAAUUUAAAUUUUGAAUCCUGUAAAGAUAAAGAAAUUUACUAUGUGAAUAUAAUUGAUGAUAUUUUUCAAUUAUUAGAAAAUCAUUUGGUAGAACUAUCUGUAAUUAAAACAUCCAAGUAGGUACUUAAUAGACAUGUAGACUUAAAUAAUUUUUGGUUAACAAUAUGGUGAUAUUUCUAGAUAUAUAUCUAUUUUUAUGAAUGAAACAGAUAUUUUAGAAAAAUCUUUGGGUCUUGUCAUGGAAGUUUUAGAAAUUAUACUUUUAGUUCAACGACAAUAUAUUUAUUUAGAAGUAAGUGUAUAUAUGCAAAAUAUAACUAAAAUAAAAAAUAUAACUUGCUAAUGCAAGUGUAUUAUUUGGUAAUUCUAUAUUAAAUUAUUUAGAAUAUAUUUUUGGGAGAUCAUAUACGACAAAAAAUGCCAAUUGAAAGUAUUGACUUUGAUAUUUUAACAGAAGAAUGGAAAGUAAUAACAACACAAAUGUAUAAAGAAAACAAUUUAUUUAAAUCUUGUAAUUCCAAAGGUAAGUAUGAUUGUUUUAAUUUUAUAUCAAAAUAUAAGUAAAAUAUAUCAAAAAAAACUAUAUUUUUUAAAGCUUUAUUCAAACAUUUAAACACUAUGAAUUAUCGCCUAGAAGUUAUACAGAGAGCCUUAGAAACAUAUAUUGAAUUAAAACGACAAAUAUUCCCUAGAUUCUAUUUUAUUUCAAAUCGUGAAUUAUUGGAAAUAUUAGGAAAUUCUAGUAAUCCUGAUUCUAUUCAACCUUAUUUAAAAAAACUUUUUAAUAACAUUCAUAAAAUUAAAAUCCAUGUAAGUUACAAGUGUAUUACUAUAUUUACCUACUUUUAUUUUAUCAACACUUAAAAAUUAUACUUGAAUUAUGUGAUAUGUAUUUUUACUUUUAUAAUAAAUAAUAUAUAACUUAUAUUUAGACUAAUAAUAAUCAGAAAGUUGAAAUUCAAGGCAUGUAUUCUAAAGAUGGAGAAUAUGUAGAUUGGAUUCAACCAAUUAUAUGCGAUUGUCCAGCUGAGGUUUGGCUUAGUUCUGUUGGUAAAUAAACAACAUGAUAUUUGUAAAACAUUUCGAGAUUAAAUUACAUUUUGUACAAAACUAUAGAAACUGCAAUGCGUGAAUCGUUGAAAGAAUUAUUAAAACAAGUAAAAGUAUCAUUAAUGAAGAAUUUAAAAACUCGUGAAAAGUGGAUAAGAGAGUGGCCAGGCCAGCUUUGUAUUACUGCAUCUCAGGUAAACAUAAAUAAAUAGUACAAGUAAGUAAAAUAUAAUGUUUUUUUUUAUUAAAAUAUGUAAUUUAAAAUAAUUUAGAUUUAUUGGACAAGUGAUUGUACCCGAGCAUUAGUACAAUCAAAAUAUUUAAAACAUAAAUAUCCUUUAAAAAAAAUGUUAAAAAAACAAAAACAUAUUCUAAUAAAGCUAUCAAAAGUCAUUCGAGGGGAUUUAUCAAAUACAGAUAGAUUGAAAGUUAAAUCAUUAAUUGUAAUAGAAAUACAUGCCAGAGAUGUAAUUGAAAUGUUAUACAAAUCAAGUAAGUAUUGAAAUAUAUUUGUCCAAUAAUAUAAUUUAAAAAUACAAUUAUUAUCGAUAGACUGUACAGACAUAUCUGCAUUUGAAUGGACAUCUCAGUUACGGUUUUACUGUGACAAAAAAACAAACGAAAUCAUUAUAAAACAAACAAACACUAAACAACUCUAUGGUUAUGAGUAUAUAGGAAAUUCAGGAAGAUUAGUCAUAACUCCAUUAACUGAUAGAUGUUAUUUAACAUUGAAUACAGCUUUACAUAUGUAUCACGGUGGACAUUUAAAAGGUUCAAUGUAUACAGGAAAAACUGAAACUAUAAAAGAUUUAGGAAAACAUAUAGCACAAUAUGUUAUUGUUAUAAACUGUUCAAAAAAUAUAGAUUAUACGAGCAUUACUCGUGUUUGUUUAGGUAUAAAUACAUUUAUUAUGUUCUGAUUAGUUACCUACUUGAAGUUGUUCCAAUACAACUUGUUUAUUUUUUUAUUAAAGGACUUGUACAACAAGGAGCUUGGGCUUGUUUCGACAAUAUUCAUCGAUUAAAAAUUGAAGUUUUAUCUUCUAUAACACAACAAAUAUUAUCAAUUUUGUCGGCUUUGGCAACUAAUUUAAAAACUUUAGUAAUCGAUAAAAGGAAUAUUACAUUAAUUCCGACUUGUGGAAUAUUUAUUACAACAUCAUCGUGUUAUGAAGAUAGAUUAAACUUACCACAAAACUUAAAGUCAAUGUUUCGCACUGUAUCUAUGAUAGUACCAGACAAUAAACUCAUUGCAGAAACAAUGUUAUUUGGGGAAGGAUUUAAAGAUCCUAGAAAUGUAACAAAUAAAAUUAUUUUAUUAUUUUCACUUUGUAAACAAUUACUUGAUAAACACAAUUUUUAUGAAUAUGGACUUGGAAGUUUAAUUAAAUUAAUCAAAUAUGCUGGGAAGUGUAAACGGGAAAAUUUGAAAAUAACAGAUGAUGAAGUAUAAAUAUAUUUUGCUAUAUUUUUAAUGUAAUGACCAGUAAUAUUGCUAUCUAUCAUCUAAAAUGUUUUAUUUUCAGAUUAUUUUAUUGGCAUUUCAUAAAAUGAGUUUAGUAAAUAUGACCAAAGAAGAUUUACCAAUAUUUAUGGACAUUAUAAAUAAUAUAUUUUCUGAUAUUACUUUACCAGAAACCAAAAACAAUCUAUUAAUAGACGCAGUAAAACGAAGCAUGUUAAAAAAUAACCAUCAACCAUUUGAUACUGCAAUUAUAAAAACUAUCCAAUUAUAUGAAGUUAUGCGUUAUAGACGCUCUGUAAUAAUUAUAGGAGAUACUGGAACAGCUAAAAGCAUUACCUGGAAAACACUUAAGGAUACAUUUACCUUAUUAAAAAAAGAGCAUGUCAAUAUGUUUGAAACAGUUAUUGUAAGUCAUAAAAUAAAUUGUAAAUAAUAGAAUAUUCACUCAAAACCACAGAAAAUAAUCUCUUCUAUAAUGUAUCCUUAAUGAUAAUAUGUAUUUAAAAAAAUAUAUUCAUAUAAUAGUAUAUAUUAUCUAUAUGCUAAAACCACUUUGCCUAGGUCCAAAAUAAAAAAAACUCUUCUUUUAACAGUUUUCUAGUGACCAAUCUGAAAAAUAAAAAUACACAGGUAUAUGUUAAACAUUUUUUAUUUAGUUAUUUUUUAAAACAAAUUUGAUCUUAUAAUUUUUGUGAUAUUAAUGGGUUAGCUAAUAUACCUGAUAUAUAAUUAUAAUAUUUGUAUACAAUUAUCGACAAAAUAUUUUUAUAAAAAUGUGUACAAUACUCAUUACUUGUUAAAUUUUACAUUAAAAUUACCUAUGAAAAAAAAUGAGCAACACUGUUUGUACCUACCUAUGUAAUAUUAUACAUUUAGUUUAUUUAAUUACAUAAAAAAUAAAAUAAAAUAAACAUAUAAAUAUAAUUUAAAAUCCAAAGAUAGUAAUACUAUUAAUAUCAAUCAAUAAUACAAUAUUUAAUGAUUACCUAUAUAAUGUGUUAUGUAUAAUAUGUUUAGGGUUAUGUUUUGAAUCCAAAAACGUUAACUAUAGAAGAAUUAUAUGGUAGUUAUAAUCAAUUUACACAUGAAUGGAUAGAUGGAAUUUUGUCAUCAAUUGUACGCAAAAUUUGUUUGGGUAUAUAUUUUAUAACUUUGUUAAUAUAAUAUAAUAGGUACUAAAAUAGAAAUAUUAACUAAAAAAAAAGAAAGUUAUUUCCCUAACAAGUUUAAAUUUAAGAGGUCCUAUUUAUUAAAAAUAAAAAAUAGUACAAAAACUUGGUAAAGUAAGAAACAUAAACUGAUUUAAUUUAUGUUUGUACACAAUGAUAUAUCAUUGCUGACGAAAUACGAUUCUGAGCGAAGUUUUGUUAAAUGUUUUGAAAAAUCCCAAAUUUAAAUAGAUAUUAUAAAUAUUAUUACAUUGAAUUUAAUAAAUCAUAUAAGUAUGUAAAAAUGUGUUUAUAAAACAAUUCGAGUAAAUAUCAUCGUCUUAUAUAAGAUAUAGAGGUACAAUAAUAGUACAACAAAAAAAGCUGGUACUGGACGAGUGUGACCACUGUUAUAAAGGUGCUAUAGGUACGUUAAGUUAUUUAAUUUAUACCAGUAACCAACGAUAAACCAUCACUAAAGAAAACCGAUUCGGCGUGAAGUUCGGUUAUAAAUAUUUUGAACGGCCGUAAUAUUUACAAUUUUUCUCAAAAAUUAAUUUUAAAACUUAUAAAAAAAAAAAAAAAUUACAUUUCAAUUUAUUUUUUUGAUCACUAAAUAUGACUUAGAAUGAACCUCCUAUCAAAUUUUCAAGUAGUUCUGUUAAGUCUAACAAUAUAUCUACAGAGUGCCUACCAAAUAAAAAUUACGUAAAAAAAUUCGCAAAAUUAUAAUUUCUAUAAAUAGCUCAAAAAUUACUCAAAUAUUCUGAAAGUUUUACUACAUCUAGAAAAAAUAAAUAAAAGUUUUCUGUAAAAAAUUUUAAAUCUCUACGAAUAUUUUUAACUGAAUUACAUCAAAAAAACAAAUCUUUUAUUUUUUUAAUAAAAGAAUUAGUUUCGUAAAUUUUCCCAUACUUUCUACGUAUUUUUCGAUUUUGUUCAAUUAUUACAAAAACUACCAGAAAAAAAAAACGUAUUAUUUACUUAUAAACUAGAUUACAAACUCAAAAAAAAGGUCAAUAUUGUUUUUCUAUUAGAGCAAAUAUUUAUGGUAGAAAACAUUAGUCGUAAAAUUUUUAAAUAAUAAAUUGCGUCGUAAUUUUCGUCCUUUUUGGUUUUUCCUAAUUAUUUUAAAUAUCAAAAAAUGACUUUCUUUACCAGUGGCUGUAUGUUAAAAUAACAAAAUCGCUCUCUUAUCAUUUUUCUAUUAAGGCAAUAUUCCUAAUAGAAAUAAGUUGAAAAAUUGUAAAACAAGGAAAUCAGUCACGCCCUGAUGCGUCGUAAAUAUUUGCCAUUUACCUCUAAUUUUCUAUUGGUUUUUUCCCAAUUAUUUCGAAAUUCCCUUGGAAAACCUAAAAAUGACCUCUUUUAUGCACCAACUAGAUAAAAUUUCUUUUGAGAAAAAGGUACUGAAAGGAAAUGGUCUUAUGUCAAAACUGUGACGGUGAAAUGGCAACUGAGACUUGUCUAACAUACAUUUUUUAAGUAUUACAUAAUUCACAUAAAAUAUUUUAAAAUGUAUUCAUUGUGAAUAGAUAACGGAUUGGACCAAAAAUGGGUGAUAUUUGAUGGACCGAUUGAUAGUAGUUGGGUUGAAAAUAUGAGCUCUGCAAUGGAUGAUAACAGUAUUUUAAGUUUAACAAACGGGGAACAUAUUUCAAUACCAAAAAAAGUAAUAAUUAUUUUAUAAUGCUAUUACAUUAAUGUGAUCUAAAAGUGAUAAAUUAAAUUUAAUAUAUUGUAUUAUUUAAAUUAUUUUAGGUGUCAUUUCUAUUUGAAGUAGAAGAUUUAGAAGUAGCGUCUCCUGCAAUUAUUUCUAGAUGUGGUAUAGUUUAUAAUAAUCAUAAUGAUUACAGCUGGAGAUUAUAUGUUGAUUCAUGGUUAAAUACUUGCAAGUUUAAAUUGUUCAAAGAUACUGUAUGAUUGAUUAAUAAGAUGAUAUUAGAGUUUAUUAAUGUAAAAAUUAAAUGUUUAGAUAAAACUUUAUUUUAAUCAAUACAUAGAUGAUUUGGUUACAUUUAAAAGAUUAAACUGUAUUGAAAUAGUUUCUUUAAAAGACCAAAAUUGUAUAAUAUCAUUAUGUAAACUGUUAGAAAGCUGUACUUUUCAUGACUUGGCUGAUAAUAUUCCUAUUGGGUUAAACAAUAAUCAAUACAAAUUACUUAUUAAAAUUUGGUUUAUUUUUUGGUAAGUGACGAUGCAAAAUUAAUUUACCAAAUUACCAAAUAAGUAAUAAUUAUUUUUCAUUUUGAACAGUAUGAUUUGGUCAAUAUGUGGCUGUAUGAAUGAAGAUGGGAAAAGGAAAAUUGAUGUUUAUAUAAGAGGAAUAGAAAAUGUUUUUCCUAUUGAGGAUACUGUUUUCCAUUACUACGUAGAUAGUAAUUGCUGUAAAUUUAAACACUGGAAAGAAAAACUAUCAUUGAAUACAUGGGAAUACAAUGCACAGUGCGUAUGUAAAUAAAAUUUGUAUACACACUGGAAUAAAAUUCUUUAUAUCUAUUUUAGAACACAAUUUUCCAAUAUAAUUAUUCCAACAAUAGAUAUUAUUUGUUACAAUUAUCUAAUACAAUUAUACUUGAGAAAAAAACAACCAGUCAUGCUAGUUGGUCCUAGUGGAUGUGGCAAAACAUUUAAUGUAAAAAAUGCAUUUGAAACUAUGAAUAAAAAUGAAUUUUCUUAUUUUAAUAUAACUAUGACAGCUCAUACUACAUCAACUGAUGUUCAAGAUAUGAUUGAAGAAAAGUUGGAAAAACGGACUAAGGAACUUUAUAACCCACUAACUGGUAUUUUUUCAAAUCGAUAUAUACAUACAAAUGCAUAUUUGAUUUAAUGUAAAUUAAAUUCCAGGAAAAACAAUGAUUACUUUUCUGGACGAUAUGCAUAUGCCUAUAAAAGAAUCAUGUGGGUCACAAUCUUCCUUAGAAUUGAUAAGACAUUGGGUUACUUAUGGAUUUUGGUAUGACAAAAAAAAACAAUGCCCAAAAUAUAUAAAAAAUAUGCUGCUUAUAUGUGCUAUGACUGUGGUUGAUAAUGUUAAAAACCCCAUUAGCGACCGAAUAAUGAGUUGUUUUAGUGUUUUCAAUAUAAAAACUCCAGAAGAAAAGGAUAUUUUUGAAAUUUACAAAACUAUACUCAGUCAACAUUUAACAGAUUUUGAUGAAUCUGUUUUUGAACUUGGUAAAAUUCUAACCAUAUAACAGCACAAUAUCUAUUAAGCAAAAAAGCACGAGACCAAAAAACAUACUGUAAAAAAAAAAGGUUCAUUGUAAAUUAAUAUUGCAGAAUAUUCAGUAUCAAUAAGCCGUUAUAUAUGAAAAACAUGCUUUUGAAUAACUACCUAAUUAUUUUUAGAUUCAGAGCCUAGCAAAGGAUUUUUUGGUUUAACAAUAAUGAUUUUUUUUUCUGCUUUUAAAAAUCUUUUCUGCCAGAAAUCUUUCUCCGAUGUAUGGAGUGUAAUAUAUUUUCUGACAGCAAAUAUUUUUAGUUGGUGGAAAAUCUAUCAUUUUUUGAGUUUCCAAGGGACUUUCAAAAUAAUUGAUAAAAACCGUAAAGAAAAUUAUAGGCAAAACGGCAAAUACAAGCUGUUAUGUUACUAAUUUCCUAGUUUUUAAUUUUUGUAAACUAUAUUUUAUACCAGAAAUAAUGCUCCAAUAAAAAAAUAAUGAAAACUUUUUGUUUUUUUUUAAUAUAGUUAGUGAUUAAGUAUUUAGUUUUUUAAUUUGCCAAGUUAUUUUUUAAAUAAAUUUCAAUUCAACAGCACACAUAGGUCAGGUUAUAAUUUUUUAGCUAGGUACUUGAACUUUCUCAUUAGCAAUUUCAUUAUAGAUGGAUCAAUUCUUACAUAUUCAAUAGAUUUUGAUAGUGAUUGUUUGCCAAUUUAUUCAGUUUCUUGUUUUAAAAAAUUAUUACCUGAUUUAUUAUGAUAUCAACAAUACUUCUUUUUACAAAUUAUUACUUUGGUAGUUAUUUUUAAAUUUCAAAAAAUUUUAAGUAGGUAUCUAUUUCGUAUAAUAUGAAUUUAAAAAUUUGAAAUGGAUAUAAGCACUAAAAAUUGAUUACUGAUUCACUUAUAAACUCUAUCAAUUAUAAACAAGUGUGUAAGAUGUAAUUAAUUUAAUUAGUAAUCACAAAGUUGAAAUUUAUUUAAAUUAAUCGUAGCUCAGUUGGUAAAACUUAACUCUGUAAUAGAUUAUUAUUUCAGAAAUCAACCUUUCAUAAGAGUUUAGUUGUGUUAUGUGUUGUACCUAAAAAAUAAAAAACUAAGUAGAUCUUUAAUCUUUAUGCACUUAUGGUAAAACAUUUAUUACUACGUACUAUAGAAUAUUAUUCUUGAAAUAUACAAUAAUAUAUUCUUUAACUGUAGGAACUGGAAUGACAUUAAUGACAAUAAGUCUUUAUAAAUAUUUGGUUUCCAACAUGACUCCAUCUCCAACAAAAUUUCAUUAUUUAUUUAAUUUAAGAGAUAUAUCUAAGGUAGGUAACAAUAACAUAUUAUAAUAUAUCAUGAAAAAUAAUUUUAAUUACUGUACAAAACUGUAAUAGUUUAUUAUUUUUAGGUUUUUCAAGGUUUACUGCGUAGUAAUAUCAUAUAUCAAAAUUUUAAAGUACAUAUGUUGCGACUUUGGUGUCAUGAAGUACAUCGUGUGUUUUAUGACAGAUUUGUAAAUGAAAAGUAUAAAAAUACUUUUAAUUCAUAAUACUUAUCUACAACUGAAAUCUAAUAUGCAUUGUAUUGUUUGUAUUUUUUAGUGAUAAAAUACAGUUCUUGGAUCAAAUAAAUCUUCUACUUCAAAAUAAUUAUAAUUUAACAUAUCCCAAUUUGUGUAAAUCUGAAAAAAAUCCAAUAUUUUUUAAUUUUCUAAAUGAACAUAUGUUAUACGAAGAAGUAAUUGAUAAUGAGUACUUGAAAAAGUUCAUUGAAAAUAAUAUUAAAGAAUACAAUUCCAACUCUGAAUUUGUACCAUUAGAAAUAUUGCUGUUUAGAGAUUAUAUUGAACAUAUCUGCCGUAUUGUUAGAGUCAUAUCUCAGCCAAUGGGACACAUACUUCUUAUAGGCAUUGGUAUGUUAAGUUUCUGUUUGUUUUAUUUAGUUUUUAGAUAUUUUAAAAUAGAGAGUUUUUUUCUUGGACCUUUUUAAAAUUUAAUAUCUAUAGAGAGUGAUUCACUCAACUGGAAACAUUCAUUGUUUCGAAAAGUAUUUUUUUUUUUCGGUUUUUGUUUUCUAGAAAAUUUAAGAAACAAGCAGCCCUACAGUUUUUUUUAGAUUUUUACAAUUAUGUUUUUCUCAUCUCCCUUAUUUUUGGGAGUAAAACUACUACCUACUUUUGGUUUUCAUAUGGCAAUCUAAAUUUAAAAUUCUAUAAAUUGAUAGAGUAUUAGUUAAAAUAAUAAAUUUUGGUGUUGACAAUUUCGAUUUCUGUCAAUCUGUUAAAGAGAUAUUUCAGUUUUAAGUUUGGGUUAGGAGAGAGUAAUGGUGCAUUAUUAAAACACUCUGCACCAUGCUGCCACACAAAGUUUCACCUGCAAAAAUAUGGAUGGCAAAAAAAAAUUAUACCUAAUGUAACAUGUUAGAACUAUUUGUUUCUCAAGUUUUAAAAAAAAAUCAUAAAAAUGUUUUAUUUUCCGAGAUAAUGAGUGAAUCACCCUGUAUACUGUAAAAUCUAUAUAUUACUUUCAAAUAGCCAAAUAUUAAAAUAUUAUUAUUUCCCUUUUAUGAACAAGUACUACACAGCAACUAUAUAUUAAUAUUAUUGAUUCAGUUUUACUCAUCUCAAGAAAAAUUAUAUUUUAUUUUUUUAAAUGAAUUAAUACUUUGUAGUCAGUAGAUGAACUAAAUAUAAAAUUCCUUAAUCGUUAAAAUUACUGCUUUUAGAUAGCUUUAUUUCUAUCAAAUAUUAACUAUAAAUAUUUUUAGGUGGGUCAGGUAGAUCAUCACUAUCAAAAAUAGCCUCGUGGUUAUGCAAAUAUAGUAUUUUUACAAUUGAACCAUCAAAAUCAUAUGGAACAUCAGCAUUUAAGGAAGACUUAAAAUUAAUCUAUUCAGAGACAGGGAUAAAAAAUCAACCAACAUCAUUUUUGUUUAACGAUAUGCAAAUAGUUAAUACAUUUUUUUUAAAAAUUAUUAACAAUAUUUUGAGUACUGGAGAAGUGACAAAUUUAUUCAAAGAAAAUGAACUUGAAGAAGUAAAAUGAUGAGAGAUUAAAAUUGGUACCUAUGUAUUACAAAUUCAAUUAUGUGUCUAUUUUAGAUUCAAAAGUCAUUAUCAAUAACUAAAAAUAAUUUGAAUGAAAUAGAAUCAACUGAAGAAUUUCAUUUGGCUUUUAUAAAUCAAGUUAAAAAAAACCUACACUUAAUUCUGUCUUUUAGUCCUAUUGAAAACUCAUUUAGGUUUGUAUACUUAAUACGCUUUAGCUCUUUUUUUCCCCACUUGUUCAAUUUAAUACUUGCUUAUUAAAAUGAUAAUACAGUAAACAAUAUAAAUUAUGUACAAUUAACAUUUUAAUUAAUAAAAUAAAAAAGACAUCCUAAGAUAAUGAGGACAGGUGUAACUACUGUUAUAGAUAAUUCAAUGUAUGCCUGUAAGCAACGAUAAACUAUUGCUAACGAAAGAAAAUCAAUUCUGAGCGGAGUUCAGUUACAGUGAUGCUUUAUCAACAAUAUAUAUAUAUAUACUAGUUGUCCCGCGCAUUUAUUAUUGUUUUACCCAUAUUCAUUUUUGGUUUUAGCCGUGUUAGAAUUGAAUGAAAACAAUAGGUGGAAAGUGGGUAGUCCACCUUCGGUGAAAUAAGUGUUCUAUUAUGACAUAUUAUUCAUGAUUUUCAUACGAAAAAUAACGAACCCUCGAUUUUUUUUAAAUGGGGAGGGUUGAUGGAUUUCAAAGGAAGUUAAGCCUAAUCUAACUUAUCAGGGAGUGGAAACGCAAGACAGUGGAAAGCGCGUGUACCAUAUUAUAGCUAAUUGUUCGCAAACAGCACAGUGUUUGUUUUAUAUCUUCAUGUGAACAUUGGCCGACAAUUUAUAUUAAUAUAAAGUUAAUAAUUCAGUUGUCAAUCUGUAUAUAUAAAAAUGGAUCAAAAUCAAUCUGUAUAUAUAAAAAUGGAUCAAAAUUUUGUCGGUGAUGCCUUAACUUGAAUACCAUCUAAAUUUCAAACUUUUCCAGUAGAUUUUCCAAAAAUCGUCUUUCAUAAUAACCUUUUGAAUACACGAAAAAAAAUCAGGUAUAUCGGUCCGUCCGUUUUCAAAUUAUGGCUNGUGAACAUUGGCCGACAAUUUAUAUUAAUAUAAAGUUAAUAAUUCAGUUGUCAAUCUGUAUAUAUAAAAAUGGAUCAAAAUUUUGUCGGUGAUGCCUUAACUUGAAUACCAUCUAAAUUUCAAACUUUUCCGGUAGAUUUUCCAAAAAUCGUCUUUCAUAAUAACCUUACGAAUACACGAAAAAAAAAUCAGGCAUAUCGGUCCGUCCGUUUUCAAGUUAUGGCUUCGGCGAAAAAAUAUCAAUUCAUUUAUACAUACCUAUAUAAUAUAAAUGUGUGUAUUUGCCAAUAUAUUCAAAUUUAUAUUUAAAAAAAUAAUAACUCGAUUGUAUCACUCUUGGCGCCCUCUGAUGAAUCUUUAUUUAUUUAUUUUCUAUCAGAAUGAACAUCUCAAUUUUAGGACAACUUACACGGAAUAUCUUACUGAUUAUUCAUUGUUUUGUUUUUUAAUUUCAUCCAUGUCCGCUACCCUUGCAAUGCCACUUAUCGGGUCCAAUUGUGAAUUAAACCAUCCAGGAAUCCAUUCAAACACACAUAAAAAAUUUCGACAAAAUCAGUCCAGCCGUUUAGGAGGAGUUCAGUGACACACACGUACAGUAGAAUUAUAUAUAUAUGCCUUAUAGUAAAAUAAUUAAAUAGGCUUUAUAUAUUUUUUUUAAUAAUAUUUGUUUAAUAUUUUGCCGAUUUUCCUAUGUUUUUCCCGGUUUUUCACAUUUGCUAGGAAAACUUAGGAAAAUCAAAAAAUAAUCUGUCUGAAAGUACCUCCCCAUCGGGUUUCCUUUCAGAAAAAUGUCAUUAUAAAUUGGAGCGAAAUUACUGGUAGAAAAGUUGUUCACAUGGAAAAAGAAGCCCGUAAUAUAUUUUAACUAAUACCGAUAUUUCUUAUAUUUUACUUUUUUUUCGGGUUUUCAAAUUUGAUGAGAAAACGCCUGAAAAAAUUCGAAAAAUCACCUGUUUAAAGUACCUUCCCAGUUGGAUUUCCUUUUAGAAAAUUGCUAUCAUUAUAAAUUGGAGCAAAAUUGCUGGUAGAAAAGUUGUGCAUAGAAAAAAUGGUAAUAUUUUAGUAAUAUAUUUCAUAAAUUUUCCCAUUUUUCUUCGGUUUUUCAAAUUUGAUAAGAAACUUGAAAAAAUCGAAAAAUUACCUCCUUAAAGUACCAACCCUACACCGAUUUUUUUCAGAAAAUGUACUUCACUUAAAAAUCAGAGCAAGGUUUUUAGUAGGAAGGGGGUUCACAAAUAAAAAAAAAAAAAAAUAAUAAUCAUUUUUGUAAACCAUAAUCUUCUUCACUCCACUCAGAAUCUAAAAUGUUUAAUAAUAAUUAGAUGUUGGUUAUUAAAUUGGAUAAUAUGUUUUGUAUGAAUAUACAAAUAUAUAAAAUCAAUAGUAUAACUAAAAAUCUAAAUUUUUAUUCUAUGCACAAAUAUAGAAAACGAUUGCAGCAAUAUCCUUCAUUGAUAAAAUUCACUACAAUUGAUUGGUUUUUGGAUUGGCCAAAAGAAGCUUUAUUGGAAGUAGCAACUACUUCACUAAGUGAUCUGGACAUUUUAGCUACAAUUUCUGAAGAACAAAUAGUAAGUUUUUCAAUUUUCAUUUCGAUUGUAAUGUAUACUUAAAAAAGAUGAAAAAAAAACUUUUCGUUCAAUUUCUACAUUCUUUUAUAAUUUCUGAUUGGUAUUUUGGGGUUGUGAGCAACCCAUUUUAUGAAAACAUUAUAUUUCCCUACUACAUAUACAGUUAAUGCUAAUUUAUAAUUAUUAUUAUUUUUUGAAAUUUUCCUUAUAAAUUAAUUAUAUUUAAUAAACAUAUAGCUUUAAGCAAAGGCAGAUUUCUAAUAUUCUUACUUUAUUUUCAUGAUACAUUCAUUGUUAACGAAAAAAAGAACACUCAGAAUCUAAAAUUACUUCUUACUAGUGAUUUAAAUAUUUUAGUAUAAUGGCAAUACGUAUAUAUGUAUAACACUAUUAUGACCUUUUAAUAAUUUAAUUUGAAUUUAGUUUCAUACAAAAGUAUGCAAAUUAACCAAGUUUUAAUUAGUUUUAACUUUUAGUUAAGUUGUCCAAAAAAAAACUAAGCUAAAGUUAGGUUUGGUUUCUAUUAGUUUAUUUUAAAUUGUACAAUAUUAGAAUAAAUACCUAAUUAAAUUAUUUUAUAUUUCCAGGAAAAUAAUAACUCAAAAUAAAAGUUAUCAUUUUAAAACUAAUCCUUAACCACACUCAAAUGUAUUUUGUACUCUAAUAUUUUCCUGUUUUAUGCAGCUAACAAUUUUAUAAUUUUUUUUUUCGUAUGUCUUUUCAAAUUUAUCUUUUUCAUCUUUAUCUUUAUCUUUACGCGUUUUCGCCUAUCUAAUUUCCUCCAGUUUUCUAACAUUCUUCAUUUAUGUAAUCCCCAUUCUUAUGAGGUUUUUUCCCACCACAUCCAAUCAUAUCUUCCUGGGCUACCUAACCUAACCUAACCUAACCUAACCUAACCUAACCUAACCUGCCCUCGAGGUCACUUUUCUGUUGAUUUCCAUUCUAGGACUACUUUGCUUAUAUAAUUCUUAUUUUUCCGUAAUACAUGUCCCAACCACUGGAUCCUUUGUCCUCGUAUGGAUCUUAUGGCUGAUGCAAUUUCAAUUUCUUCCUACAGUUUUUGGGUUCUUUGACCCCUUAAGUACUUCUUCACUCGUGUUGUAGUACUCUCUGUCCACCUCUAAUAAACUAAGCGUAAUUAUAUAAUACCUAUAUACCAUAUAAAUUGAUACAAUCAAUAUUUAUAAAUAUACAAUAUGGUAUCGCUUUACUAAUAAUUUGAUGUAUGCAUAAACCAUAUGGCCAUUGCAUUAUGUGAUAUUUAUAUUCACCUAAAAAUAAAUAAUUUUCAUAGACAUCUUAAAGCAGAAAACAUAGGUACACAAAAUAGCUUAUAAAAUAUAAAUAGCUUUUAGAUUAAACCUACAUUAUACACAGGAUAUUUUCUAAAAUACAAUUUGUUUUAAUCUAUUUAAUUUAAAAGUAAUCAACAAUGCAACAUUAUAAGUUACUUAAUAAAAUUAGACCUACCUAAAUAUUUUUCAAAAAUUGGUACCUAUUGUUUUAACCUAAAUGCACUUAUUUAAAAAUUGUAUUUUUACAAAUUUGCAUUUCAGCACCAUUUUAGUACCUAUUUAAAAAAGAACUUAUUUUCCAGCUUAGAAAUUUAGUAAUAACUUAAAGUUAUAGCACACUGUAUAUAUAUGUAAUACACUAUAAUAUAUCUUGGUAAAAAAGUGGUAGCAUAAUAUGUAGUUAUAUGUACUGCUCACACAUAACAUAAGUAAUGAUUUAUACACAUUUUAAUUUUUAACAAGUUACAAGUUAUCCAAUAUAUUUUGUACAAUAAUAACAUUAUUUACUUGAUAUUAAUUACUAACAUUACAUUUAGAAUGUUUGUAUUUUAUAAUUAUGUAUUAUAAUUUUACAGAUACAUGAUAUAGAAAAAAAAAGGAUAACUCGGGUAAAUUUGAGUACUUAUUAAAAUUAUAAUUUCAUUGAUAAUAGAUAUUGUUUUAUUUUAAUAUACAUGCAUAUAAUGAUAUUAUUAAAAUAUUUAUAUUUUAUUAUAGGAUGAAUUUAUAAGUUCUCUAGCAUUUAUUUUUGCCUCAAUUCAUCAUUCUGUAAUUGAGUAUACUAACAAUGUUAAAUUUGGCUUAAAAAGUGGAAAUAAUAUAACACCUAGUGUUUAUUUAGAUAUGAUAUUUAAAUAUAAAAAGUAAAUAUUUGUUUUGAAUUAAAUAUAACUGUUUUAUAUAGUAAUCAUAUUCAACUGAAAUAUGAUAGAAUACUUCAAGAAAAACGUAUUGAAAAACAAAGUAUAUCAAUUAAAUUGAGACAUGGUUUACGAAAAAUCAAUGAUACUAGUCUUAAAAUAAAUGAUAUGACAAUGGAAUUAGAAAAAGUCACAGAACUUAUUAUAAAAUACACUAAGGAAUGCGAAGAAAUAUUUACUGUUAUUUCUGAAAAUAUUAAAGACAUUGACAAACAAAAAAAGGAAUUUGAUACUAUUAGCAUGAAGAUAAAAAAUGAUGAAUUUAGAUAUCAAGAAAUAAACAAUUUAGCAUUAGCUGAAUUAAAACUUACAUUUCCUGGAUUAGAAGAUGCUAUGUGUGUACGGAAAUUAACCUAACCUAUCCAUUAUACAUUUUUUUUUAAAAAAAGUGUUAACAUAUUAUUAUUAAUAAUUAUUAAUUCAUAUUAAUUAAUUCUAUUAAUUCAUUUUAGAAUAUAUGUGCUCUCAAUAAAAAAGAUCUCUCAGAAAUCAAAAAUUUUUCAAUACCUCCAGAAGGAGUGAAAUUAGUUUUAGAAGCUAUUAUGACAUUGAAACAAGCUGAUCCGAGUUGGGCUGAAGCUAAAAGACAACUCGAUGAUCCAAGUUUUCUAAAUCAGGUAAAGUACUUAUGAUUUAUUAAAAUAUCUAUAAUAUACUAAUAAUAAUGAUAACUUUAUGAUUAUUGUAGUUAAAAGAUUUUAAUAAAGAUCACAUAACAGAUGAUAUUCUUGAACAAAUUAGUGUUUACAUAAAAAAUCCUGAUUUCGAUCUGGAUAAAAUUGGUACUCAGUCAAUAGCUGCAAAGUGUUUUGGCAUGUGGCUUAUUGCUAUAGAAAGAUAUGCUCGAAUGUACAGGUAAGAUAGUACCAAUUUUAUAUAAUAAUUAAACUAUAUUUCUUUACAUACAUAUUUUAAAAUUAGAACUAUAGCUCCAAAAAAGGCAUCUACUGAUUUAGUAAUGGCCAUAGUUAAAGAAGAACAAAAAGCCCUCAAAAAUAUUGAAAAAAAUCUAACAGAAAAAAACAAUUUUCUUGAAAAACAAAAACUUGAGUAUAAUGAAAAAAAUAUAAAAAAAGAACAUUUUAUUACUAAAGUAAGUUGAAAAAUUUACACUAUACUUUAAACAGAUAUAUGUUAGUAAAAAUUUAAAUAUUCUUAAAUAGGCUGAAGAAUUAAGAAACAGCUUAGAAAAAGCAACAAAACUAAUAGAUGAACUGUCCAAAGAAAGAAAAAAAUGGAACAUAACUGUAAACCAAAUUGAUAUGGAAUUUAAUUAUUUACCAGGAGAUUGUGUUUUAAGUACUGCAUUUGUAUCAUACAUGGGUCCAUUUAGGUUUAAGAGUCGAGAAUUUCUUAUGGAUUUAUGGUUAAAUUUUAUGAGAGAAAAUGGGGUUCAAUAUAAUCCUAACUUUGAAGUAACUUUAUUUCUUACGGAUCCAGAAACAAUCAGAAAUUGGAAUAACAACGGGUUAUCAAACGAUAGAUUUAGUUUAGAAAACGGUGUGAUAAUUAACCAAAGUUAUCGGUAUCCAUUUAUAAUAGAUCCUCAAAGUCUAGCUUGGAAAUGGAUAAAAAAUAUUGAAUUUGAUAAUGGAUUAAUAAUUAUUAAUAACAAGUCAAUAAAUAGUAUGCACAAUUUAGAAACAGCUCUAAAAAAUGGAUAUCCAAUAUUAGUACAAAUCGACUUUGAAAAUCUUGACCCUUAUAUCUUAUCAAUAAUAUACAAGUCAAUUGUGAAACAAAGUAAGUCGAUUACAGUAAAUUGUUGUUUUAUUUAAUGGAUAUAAAUACAUCCAUCCAUAUAUACUUAUAUAUUAAAUAUUGUUAUAGGAAACAAACUGUUUAUACAAAUUUGUAACAAACUACUACCAUUCAAUGAAAAUUUUAGAAUUUAUAUUACAACAAAAAUAAAAAAUUCUUAUAAUUUUCCUGAAAUAUUAGCACGCACGACAAUAGUAGAUUUUGCUAUUCAAGAAGAAGGUCUUGAAGAACAAUUAUUAAAAACUUUAGUCAAUAUAGAAAAUCCUAGUUUAGAAGAACUUAAAGAAAAAACAUUUGUUGAAAUUGAAAAGAAUAAAAAAUGUCUUGUUGUAGUACAAGAUGAAUUACUUAAGUUAUUAGAUGAAAGUGAAUGUUCAUUAUUGGAAAAUGAACAACUUCUUCAAAAAUUAAAAUCUUCAAAAGCAAAAUUUAGCAUCAUUAAUGAACAACUUCAAAGCUCUUUGUCUAGUCAAGCAGAAAUAUAUAUAGCUCGAGAGGUAUAAUUUUAUUAAUAAUGAAUUCAUAAAUUAUUGAAAAUUAAAUAAUGGGAUUUAGUGCAGUUACACUGGGUUAGAUAUUAACCUAUUUAUGUAAAUAAACUAGUAAUUUUAUUUCAACAAUGUUAUGUGAUGUAGGUUUAAUUUGUAUUAAAAAUUAUGUACUAUAAUACCAAGAGAUUCAUUUAAGAAACAAGCAGCUCUAUAAUUAAAUAUUAUUUAUUUCAUCUUUAUUUUUAAAGUAAUAACUUUUUAUUUAUUCACUUUAGAAAAUUUUCAAAAUAGCCAUUUUGUAAAAAUAUUGUUUUAAAAAUUUUAAUGUAUCAUACAUUCAUAUCUGAUUAGUAGUUUCUUAAUUAUAGCUGUUUUAAUUUCUGGAAAAUAGGCGUGAAAAUGGCCAUAAUUAAAAACUAAUUCAUCAAAUAUGAAUGUGUAAUAUAUUAAAAUUGUUUGAAUAAUUUUUUUUACAAAAUGGCUAUUUUAAAAUUUUCUAACAUGGAUAAGUAAAAUUAUUUUUUUUUUGUGUGUUUAGGGGAUGAAAAUAAAAUCUUAAUUUUUUCCAAAUAGAUGUCCCUCUCAAAGCAAACUGAUUGAAAAAAUAAAAUUAUAAAAAAGUAAUAUUAACAGCGCAAGAAAAAUCCGUUGAACACGGUGGAACAUCAUGUAUUCAAAUUCUGAUUUUUUUAAUUUUUAGAUGUAGUUAAAGCCAAUAUUUUCGAACACUUAGAUUUUUCACAAAAGUUAAGGAGUAUCCUGUGGUGAGACCAACUUUGUUUUUUUAAAAUAACCUAUAUUAAAAACUCCAUAAGUAGAUGGACUACAGAGUGUUACUUUAAAUGAAUUUUGGUGUCAACAUUUUUAUUUUCUGUUAACCUGUUAACGAUAUAUUUUACUUAUAAGUUUAAGCAGGAAAGUAGUGGAGUAUAAUUUGUAUACCGGCACAUUGCCUGGUGUUUAAAUAGUGCUCCACUAGUCUCCCCUACCUAAACUUAAAAGCAAAAUAUCUCGUCAAAAGUUUGACGAAAAUCAACAAUUUUGACACCAAAAUGUAUUUAAAGUAAUCUAUCUAUUUAUGGGAUUAUUAAUAUAGGUGUAACUGGAUUAUCCUAGGACGUCAUUUUUUUUUUUUUUUUUUUAUAAGAACUUUAAUAUAAAAUUUUGACAAAAAUUUUAAAUAUUACGGGCCUUCAAAACAUGUGCAACCUAACUUUACCCCAAAACCUUUUUUCUUUGGCAAUAGUUUACCGUUUCGUAUAGAUAUAAAUUAAAUUCCUAUCUGUAUCCUACUUCUCCUACUUUUCAUCUAAAGUGUUUUCCCGCCCAUCGUGUGAAGUAUAUCCGUCUUUCCUUUCAAUUUAAUUUUAAUUGAAGAUACUAAACUACCCAAUAAGCCUCUUCAAUAAAAUGGAUAAAACACCAAUAAUUUCUUGAUAUUAUUGUAAUUUUAUAGGUUCAGCUAUUGCUUAUAUGGCUUAUAAUGCAAUGACACAUCUUCACCUAAGGCUCUUAUUCUCCAUUGUAUACAUAAUAUAAUAUAAUAUUAAAAUUAUUAAAAAUCAUCAUUCAUCAUUAUUGAUAAUGGAUACCCAUAAUUGGCUUAAUUUAUUAUUUUAGGUCUAUAGGCCAUGUGCCAAACGUGCUUGUACACUAUAUUUUAUUCUCAAUAACCUGGAUAAAAUUAAUCCAAUGUACCAGUAUUCAUUGGAUUUUUAUAUUGCAUUGUUUGAAAAUUCUAUUAAAAAGAGCACUAUAGUAGAACAUCUUCCUGAAAGAAUAAAUCAUUUAAAUGAAUUUCAUACAUAUGCAGUUUACGAAAACGUCUGUCAUGGAUUAUUCGAACAUCAUAAGUUGCCUUUUUUAUUCCAAAUAUGUAUUCAAAUAUUGAUUAUGGAAAAUAAAAUAAAUGUUGAUGAGUUGGAAUUUCUAUUAAAUGGUGCAAUUGAACCCAAAAAAAAAAGGCUUAUUACAACACAAUGUCCAAGUAUGUAUGCAUUUUUUUUUUUCUUAUGAAUAUAUAGAAAUAAUAUUAAUACUUCUCUUGUUUUAAGAUUGGUUAGAGAUAACAUGCUGGAACAAAAUUUUGGCAUUAAGUGACUUGCCGAUUUUCGAAGACCUAGCAAAAUCAUUUGAACAAUUUCCAGCUGAGUGGUAUACGUGGUAUACAGCUCCAAACCCAGAAAAUCUAGAACUUAUUGGUACAUUUCACUAACAUAAAUAUAUAUAUUUAUUUUAAAAACUUAUUAUAAUAAAAUUUACUUUGUGUUAUCAGGUCUAUGGGAAAAUAAAUGUAAUUUAUUCCAUCGCAUAUUACUUGUACAUAGUUUACGAUUAGAUCGAUUAUCAUUUUCUAUUAAAUAUUUUAUAACAAAAAACCUUGGAUCUCAAUUUUCUGAAACACCAAUUUUUAAUAUCAAGAAUAUUCAAAAUGAUAAAAAUGCUGUGAUAUUUAUUUUAUCACCUGAUUUUGAUCCAACCAAUAUGUUAAUGAAUAUGAUUACAAGCAGCAAUAAAAAAGACAAGUUUCGAUCUUUAUCUUUAGGCAAUGGUCUAGAAUCAGUUGCUACAAAGUAAUUAGUUUGAAUUGUAUUGAAUAUAUUAUAUACCUAUCCAAGUUUAAUUACAAAAAUUUAAAAUAUAUAAAUAGCCUAAUUCAAACCGGACAGAAAGAAGGUCAUUGGAUAUUUUUAGCAAAUUGCCACCUCUUAAUUUCAUGGAUGCCACAGUUAGAAAAAAUAAUUGAAAUGAUACUAAGUAGUAACAACCAUCCAGAUUUUAGAUUAUGGUUGAGUUCAAAGCCACAUCCAAAAUUUCCAAUAACAUUAUUACAAAUUGCUUUAAAAGUAUCAAUUGAACAACCUAAGGUUAAUAAAUAAAUAUAAAACAAAAUAUUAAAUGUAUCACUAAAUUGUAUAAUUAACAUUACUUAACAUAUUAUGUACACAAUGAUUUUAUUAUUAGAGUCUCAAAAAUAAUAUGCUACAUAUAUAUCAAAAUAUUAAUGAAGAACAAUUUUCUCAAAACCAAUCCAGCCAUUACAAAAAAAUACUGUUUAACUUAUGUUGUUUUCAUUCUAUACUUAUCGAAAGAAAAAAAUUUCAAAACCUCGGUUGGAAUAAAAUAUAUGAUUUUAAUGAUUCAGAUUUUAAGGUAAAAUAUUUUAAUAAUUGAUUAUUAUUUACAAAAUUAUAUUUUAAAAAUAUUAAACAAUUUUUUUGAAAAACGUUGAAGUACAUAAAUUGUCUGAUCUGUAUUUAUAUCUUAAUUAAAAUAUAUACAUUUAGGUGUCAGAAAAUAUUUUGGCUUAUUACCUUAAUGAAUAUGAAGAAAUUCCAUGGGCUGCGUUAAAAUAUUUAAUAGGAAAUAUUUUUUAUGGUGGUUACAUAGCUGAUAUUUGGGAUAAAAGACUCUUGGACAUUUAUGUAAAUCAAUUUUUUAAUGCAAAUUCUAUAACACCAUUUCACAAGUACAUAAUUUUCUACCAUUGGUAUGAUAAUUUAAUUCUUGUGAUUAUUUUAAUUGUAUAUUUUUAAGGUUAGUAAAUGCCCAAGUUCCAGAAAAUGGGUUUUUACAAUCAUACAAAGACUUUAUAACAACAUUACCAAAUGAAGAUUUGACUCAAACGUUUGGUCAACAUCCAAAUGCAAAUGUGAUUUAUUUAAAAGAAGAAAAUUAUUUAUUAUGUGAAACACUUAGAUAUUUACAAGAGCAAUUUAAUGGAUUACCAGAUGAUAAUGACAAAGAAAAUAAAGUGUUAUUUCAGUUGUCUCAAAUUCUUCAAAAUUUGCCUUCAUUAAUUAAACCUGAAUCUUUACUAAUAGAAAGGAACAUAGUGAAUUUUGUAAUUUUGCAUGAGGUACUCUCUCCCAUAAAUUAAACAACUUAAAAAUAAUAUAUAUUUUUCUUUUGUGUACUGAAAUUGUGCAAAAUCAUCAUCAGAUUGAUUUGUUUGGAUAUACAAAUGGUAAAAAAAGAAAUGGUUGAUAUUAAAACACAAAACUAUUUCAAUUUCAGAUAACGUGUUAUAAUAAUUUACUAGAAAAGAUGAAAAUUACACUGAUGACAUUAAAAAAAGGAAUCACUGGUCUAAUUUUAAUAACUCCAGAGUUCGAAAAUAUGUUUCAGACUAUCUACAUUGGCAAAGUACCAGAGCAAUGGUUAAAAAGUAUAAGAACAUUUAUUUUGUUUUAAUUAUAUAUAUUUUAUAUUUUAGUCUGUAACAAAAAAAAUUCUCAAACUUAGUUUCAGUGUUUAUUAUUUCUGUCAAGUUUGUGAGUCUAAUACAAAUAAUUAUUAAAAUUUUAUUUUAAGCAUAUCCAUCAUUAAUGAAUUUGGCUGCGUGGACACAAAAUUUAAUGGAACGUGUAAAAUAUUUUAAUACUUGGGCGAUUACAAAUCAACAACCAGUUUCAGUUUGGUUGGGAGCUUUUGUGUUUCCUUCUAGUUUCUUAACUAGUAUACUCCAAGUAUAAAAUUAUUAUUAUCAAAUUUUAAAUUGUAUAAUUUGUAUUAUAUACUACUAUAUGUUUAUAUUACAGAACGAAUCAAAAAAUUCUUCAGUGCAAAUAGAUUUACUAAACUGGCAGUUUAUACCUAUUACAACACCUUUAAAUGACUUAACAAUACCUCCAAAUGUACAUGUUAUUUUACAAAAUACAAUUAAAAAUACAUACAUAUGAUGAAAAAACUAAGCCUGGACUUAAGAGUAUUAUAAUUUUUUAGAUUCUGAGCAUUGUGAGGAAUGUAUUGAUUUAGAAUGUUUAUUUUUUUAUUUUUAUACUGUGUACAUAAUUUCUACCAGAAAUCUUGUUCCAAUAUAUCAAGUGUAACAUCUUUUCUGAAAGAAAAUUGUAUUUAGUUGAUACUUUAGAAAGGUAAUUAUUUUAAUUUUCAAAGUGGUUUUCAUAAUAAUUGGGAAAAACUUAGAAAAAUGGGAUAAUUUAUGAAAAUAAUGUUUUUAUUACUCUAAAUUUUUUUUUUUUGUUAUUCAGUUAAAAAUAAUCGUAGAGACUUGAUAUUUGAACAGAAAACUUAUUGCUUUAUUAUUAUUAAUUUUUCUAGAUGUGGUAACAUUUUGAAAAUAUUUUAGUUAUUUUUUAGUUAUUAAUAGACAUUUUUAUUUUACGAGUAUUUUUUACUUAAUUGUUAAUAUCAAUAGGAGGAUAAAAUUGUUAGACCAAACAGAAAUGCUUGGAAAUUUAACAGAAAAUUCAUUAUAAGUUAUACUUAGUGGUCAACCAAAAAAAGUUAAGUUUAUGUGGUAAAUAUUUUUUUUAUAUAUAUAUAUAAGAACUUAAGUAUUAAAUUUUAACGAAAAUCAUAAAUAUUACAGCUUUUUAACACAUAUAUGACCGUAAUCUGCUCAAAAUCGUUUUUCGUUAGGACUUAUUAUUCCUUACAUACAGAUAUAUGAUAAAUUCUCCUCUAUAUCCUACUUUCCCAACUUCUCACCUACAACAGUGGCCCAUCCACCAUAUGAAAAAUUGUUAAUGAAAAUACGAUUCUAAGCGGAGUUCAGUUAAUAAUGUUGCUUUGUCAACAAUAUAUAUGUCAUAUUAUGGUAAAAUAAUUACAUGGGCAUUAUAUAUUUUCUUUAGUAAUAUAUGUUUAAUAUUAUACCUAUUUUACUGAUUUAGGAAAACUUCUCGGGAAAAUCAAAAAAUGUUUUUCUUAAAGUACCUGCCUAAUGCGAUUUCCUUUCAAAAUAGGUGCUAAGCUUAAAAUUCGGAGCAAUAUUUCUGGUAGAAAAGUUGUGCACAAAUAAAAAAUAAACAUCUUAGUAAAACCAUAAGUUUCUUCGAUCCACCAGAAUCUGAAAUGUUAAGUAACAAUGAUAAAUCGUUAAAAUCUUAAAACAAUUUUGAGCAGAGUAAUUUUAAUAGGUAGUGUUUGUUCCCUGGUUACCAAGAUAGGUAACCUAAGUAUCAAAAGGGUGAACUGCUAAAAAUUUCAAUAGACGUGUCUAAUAAAUUACGCAUUGUAAAACAAAUCCGUUUAGUUUGAAUUAUGACAGCAAAAUUGGAACAUUUUUAUUAAGUGAAAAAAUUUUUCCAAAAAUGAAAAAUAACUUUGUAAACCAAUAGCUAUAAUUUUUUUGUUAUACUCGACAUUUAAAAUAAUAAAAUAAUUGUCAUAUGAAAUGCUAAUAAAUAAAGAGACAAUCAACUAGAGGUAUAAUUCCCAAAACAAUAAUUAAAAAAAUAUUAAUACCUACAAUUACUGCCUAAUGAAAACAGACUAAAUCAGACACUGUAUACAUUUUAAUUACCUACCCCCAUUGAAUAGUGUAUCUACCCCUACUAUUAUAAUACUCCAGGUUUAGUUUUUUCUUCAUAUUUAUUUUAUAUAUCUACCUAACUACCUUUAUUUUUUUCAUAACUAUUUUGUUAUGACAAUUUUUGUUUUUGGUUUUUUUCAUAUUUAUUUUGAAUGUUUGUUUUGUGUAGAAAGGAGUGUAUAUACAUAAUCUAUAUCUAGAAGGUGCUGGUUGGGAUAUAAAAAAUAUGUGUUUAUGCGAGCCAUUGCCAUUAGAAUUCAUAGCUAAAUUACCCGUUAUAAACUUUGUACCAGUGGAAGGCAAGAUAAGACUCAAAGGUUAAUAAAUACUAUUGUAGUAUAUACAUAGGCAUAUUUAAAUUAAUAUCAAAUUGUUGAAUUUGAUUUUAACUUUAUUUUUAGAUUUUUACUUGAUCCCUGUAUAUUAUUGUCCAGAGAGAAACAACAAAAUGCAUAGUAGCAAUUCGUGCGUGGUCGUAUUAAAUUUAAAAAGUGGGGCUCAAAAUCCAGAUUACUGGACAAAGCGAGGCACAGCCAUAUUGUUAAAUUUAUAGAAUUUAAAUAAGUUAAAUUGUCUUAGCAUACAGAACACUG